AUGGGUCAACUUUAUGGUGCGACUCUUUUACCAUUUGGCGCUAUCUGUUUUGUUUUCCUGUGGGAAUCUGGUGCCAGCUCUAUCAGGGCGACGCUUGCUGUGGACACCUCGAGAGCCGAGUGUCCGGAUAGUAAGAUCUUGACGGUGGAGUAUCCCUGUGUGGCGGCGGGGGGGAAGAACAGCACGUGUUUGAGGAGGAAAUGCUGUGACGGAUUCAGGUUCGUGAUGGGCCAGUGCAUACCUGAAAAUGUGGACGUGUGUGCAGCGUCGCCCUGCGAGCAGCAGUGCACGGAUAACUUCGGACGAGUUGUCUGCACGUGUUACCCCGGCUAUCGCUUCGACCGAGAGAGACACCGCAACCGCAAAUCUCCGUACUGUCUGGACAUUGAUGAGUGUGAGCACCCAGGCAGCAGCAUGUGUGACCACGAGUGUGUGAACACGGUGGGCAGCUUCCUGUGUCGCUGUCGCGGUGACUACAUCCUGGCACCGGACCAGCGCUCGUGCAUCCCCGUUCACAACUUGAGUUCUACGGGGAAGUCCGACACUCUGAUGAGCGCCGGCACCUGCUCCUUCACCUGUCAGGACUUCAUCAAUAUGAAAAACAGUUUGCUGCAGCUGAAGCUAAGACUGGGAAACACACAGUCACCCAACCAGGUUCCUGACCUGGCAAACAGGAGUGACAAGCCCUCUCUGGGGAGGGCGGGGAAAAGUCCCGAUAGCCCUCGACUUCCUGGUCUACCCGGCCCUCCAGGAGCUCCUGGGGUCCCAGGGCACCCAGGGGAACCGGGAAAGAGGGGCGACGCAGGGGACAGGGGCCUUCCUGGCCUUCGGGGUCUGCGGGGAGACAUGGGCGCCAUGGGUCCAGAACCGGACCUGAAGCAUGUGAAAAGGGGCCGCAGGGGCCCAGUGGGAUCCCCCGGGGCAACAGGGAGCGAUGGAAACAAGGGUGACCGAGGAGCUCCAGGUCCCAGAGGUCCACCAGGACCCCCCGGCUCCUUCGACUUCCUCUUGCUAAUGAUGGCCGACAUCCGCAAUGACAUCAUUGAACUGCAGGAGAAAGUGUUCGGGGAGCGUCGGGGCAUCUCUCUGGACAGUCCUCCUCAUUCCAGCGGGGAAAUGGAUUUUGUCGAGUGGGGCUCUGGACAAGGAGAUCUGCUGCUCAGCACCUGACCUUUGACCCCUCCCACAGUCACUCAAACCCAGCGAAAACAAACACCGAACUGGACUCUUUGUUGAUAACGGUGCCAACAUGUAAAUAACCCCUAACCACACGGCUGGGGUGACCGGGGCAAAGAGCCUUGAUUGCAUUCUCGACACUGCCACAGACAGUAACACGGAGAGAUACAAGGAUCAUACAACCUUUAACCACUGCGAGCGCUGUCUGGCUGCCGGAGCGAGGCCUGUGUGUGCAGGACAGAGGGUGACAAAGACACUGUGUGCCUUUAUGAGCUGAACCAUUUCAAACGAUGAACUUUAUCGUCUGCAUCUCUUCCUCUUCCUGAGUCUGUCCAUGGAAGCUCUGCUGGAAGUCUGCAGGAUCCAGCCCUGAAGUCUGAGGUCUGCAGCGCCGUCGCUCUGCAGCGCCGUCGCUCUGCAGCGCCGUCGCUCUGCAGCGUCUUCAGAAGCUAUUUCAUGAGAUUCAUGAGUGUUGCAAUUGUCCUGUUGCAUAAACACAGGAUGCCAGAUUAUAUAUACAACUCAAGUUCAAGUAUCAUAAACAAAAAAACACAUUUACCACAAAGUAUGUUCAUAAAUAUAAUCCAAUUAUUACACUCAAAGGUUGCAGACAAUCAGAACUUACAUUUGAAAGGAUAACGUGGAUGUUUGUGUUGGUAUGUCCAGGGAGGCAGGUCGAAUCAGAGACACGACGAGGGUUUCACAUAUUCUCCUACUUUCACUUGGGAGUCGAGCAGAAAUGAGAGAGAAGUUUAAAGUUGUUACUGUGAAGCUCACUGCUCAAUAAAGGU